GGCAUCGUCAUACGUUGUGUCAUCGUUGGGGGGGAAGGGUAUAUUCUUCGGUGGGAUUCGCUUCGAACUUCAAAUCAGUUGAUCCGCCCCCAUUUUAUUCGCUCUUUGCGAAAUUCCGCAUCACGUCGUGGUUCGUCUGCUGUGCUCGCCCAAGUCCCCUCACGCGAGUGAAAAAUUCUCGAUGGCAUCUGUUGAUUGGGGCUAUAAGUUCUACUCUGCAAUCUAAAUAUUGGGAUUGUGAGGAUGGCACAUUCUUCAUUCAACUUAAAUUCAUGAUGGCAGUUCUCCUUUGAGCUACUGAGUUUAUUAGUGAGCUCACCAUGGAUUAGGCCGAAUCAUCUUCUUCAUAGGGCGGUUGGAUCUCAUUUUAACUGGCUCUUGGUUGAUUUUCGGCUGUCUGUGGGGUUGUUUGUUUGAAACCUUGGAACUGGAUUAUUUGGUUUCUACACUUAUCAAUUGAAGGAGCAGUAUAGUAGUUUACAUGAAAGAAUGGAGAUUUUAGUCUCUCCUCAAGGACAGAAGCAUAAUUCGCCAGCUUCGGCUCGUAAAACUUUAUCGGGCAGACAACAGAAAGAUCUAUGGGUCAUUGUUCAAGAGGGUUCUUUGGCUGAUGUUGAUUCUGCAUUGGCCUUACUGAAAAAGAAUGGGGGAAAUAUCAAUUCAAGAAACACCUUUGGUCUUACGGCACUUCAUGUUGCAACAUGGAGAAAUCACAUUCCAGUCGUUAGGAGGCUUCUUGCAGCUGGUGCUGAUCCCGAUGCUAGGGAUGGAGAAUCAGGAUGGAGCAGCCUUCAUAGGGCCCUGCAUUUUGGUCAUCUUGCUGUUGCAAGUGUCCUCCUUCAGUCCGGUGCAUCUAUCUUGUUGGAGGACUCUAAGUCUCGGACACCCAUUGACUUACUCUCAGGGCCUGUAAAGCAGGUUAUUGGGAAUGACUAUGAUGCUGUAGCCACGGAGGUGUUUAGCUGGGGCAGUGGUGCAAAUUAUCAGCUAGGAACUGGAAAUGCUUGCAUACAAAAGUUACCAUGCAAAGUUGAUUCACUGCAUGGUUCCUUAAUUAAGCAGGUGUCUGCCGCAAAGUUUCACAGUGUUGCUGUUAGUACUCGAGGAGAACUCUUCACCUGGGGAUUUGGAAGAGGUGGUCGGCUUGGGCAUCCUGAUUUUGACAUCCAUAGUGGUCAAGCUGCAGUCAUCACUCCACGACAGGUGACUUCUGGUUUAGGAUCUCGUCGUGUGAAAGCAAUUGCAGCAGCUAAACAUCACACUGUUAUUGCUACUGAGGGUGGAGAAGUGUUCACUUGGGGAUCUAAUAGAGAGGGUCAACUUGGGUACACUUCUGUUGAUACUCAGCCCACUCCUCGUAGAGUUAGCGCCCUCCGGUCAAAAGCUGUUGCUGUUGCUGCAGCAAAUAAGCACACUGCUGUGGUUUCUGAAUCUGGUGAAGUAUUCACAUGGGGUUGCAACAGGGAAGGUCAGCUUGGUUAUGGGACUUCCAAUUCUGGAUCAAAUUACACACCAAGACUGGUUGAGUAUUUAAAGGGCAAAUUUUUUAUUGGAGUUGCAGCUGCAAAGUAUCACACAAUUGUUCUGGGAGCAGAUGGGGAGGUUUAUACGUGGGGUCAUAGGCUUGUUACUCCAAGACGUGUGGUUGUUGCUAGGAAUCUUAAGAAAAGUGGGAGCAUGCCUUUGAAGUUUCAUCGCAAGGAACGACUGCACGUUGUAGCUAUAGCGGCAGGGAUGGUACACAGCAUGGCUCUUACAGAUGAUGGAGCCUUAUUUUGUUGGGUGUCCUCUGAUCCCAACCUUAGAUGCCAACAGCUAUAUUCACUAUGUCAAAGAAACAUUGUGGGCAUUUCUGCUGGAAAGUACUGGUCUGCUGCAGUUACUACCACAGGUGAUGUUUACAUGUGGGAUGGGAAGAAAGAGAAGGAUAAGCCACCGGUGCCCACACGAUUACAUGGCCUGAAGAAGGCGACUUCUGUCUCAGUUGGAGAAACCCAUCUCUUGAUGGUUGCCUCUCUCUUUCAUCCUGCUUAUGUGUCUUUGGCACCCAAGAAAUCUCAGGAGGUGAUGUUGAAUGGUGGGAAUCAGUUGGAAGAGCUUGAUGAAGACAUUUUAUUUGACAAUGUGAAGUCUAAUAAUGCAUUACUGACAUUAGAGGAUAGUGAUGCCGCACAUCGUCCAAUACCUAGCUUGAAAAGCCUCUGUGAGAAGGCUGCAGCAGGGUGUCUAGUGGAACCUAGGAAUGCCAUCCAGUUGCUUGAAAUUGCAGAUUCACUCGAUGCUGAUGGACUGAGGAAGCAUUGUGAGGAUAUUGUUAUCAGGAAUCUGGACUAUGUCCUCUCCGUCUCAUCACACAACGUGGCAACUGCUUCUUUAGAUAUUUUAGUCAGACUGGAGAAGUUAUUGGACUUGAGGUCAUCUGAGCCAUGGAGUUGUCGUCGUCUUCCUACGCCUACUGCCGUCUUUCCUGCAAUUAUUGACAGUGAAGAAGAGGAUGGAGAGAGUGAGUUGGUGAGGAUGCGUUGUACAUCCAUGAACAAGUUAUCCUCGAGAAACAAGAGCCGCCAAGAUGCUGACUCAUUUCUGCAAUUGAGAGAUGAUCUUAGUGAACAUGUCAGCAAACAAAUUCGUGCUCUGCACAAAAAGUUGCAACAGAUAGAGAUGCUUGAAGAAAAGCAGUCCAAAGGGCAUUCUCUCGACUGCCAACAGAUAGCGAAGCUCAGGACCAGGUCCUCUCUUGAGAGCUCACUCAUUGAGCUGGGUGUCCCAGUGGACGUACUGAGUGCAAAACCCUUGUUUUUGGAGCCAUCAGAUGGGAAGGCGAAGAAUGCUGGAGUAUCUAAAAGGCAAAGAAGAAAGAACAAAAAUCAGGUAUCUCAGGUAGAGAAUGCGUCUGGCUUUUGUCAUGGGGAUGGUGAAGUGAGUUCUUUAGAGAGCAGUAAGGAUCCUGGGUUCUUGCCAGUCUCCAAGGAUGAGGAGGAAUGUCCCCACGUUGAAGAUAAGGUGGUUGAGGCUAUGAAAGAAUCUUCAACUAUUGGCAAGAGUGAAGUUAGAGAUGUUGAAAAGAGCAAGGGUUCCACGGUGAAAAGGAAAAAUAAGAAGGGUGGGCUCUCCAUGUUUUUGAGUGGUGCUCUUGAUGACACCCCAAGAAAUACAGCACCACCGCCUCCCCUGUUGCCCAAAAUUGAAGGGCCGGCAUGGGGUGGGGCCCAGUUUUCAAAGGGGUCCACCUCGCUUCGUCAGAUUCUGGACGAACAGAAAAACAAGAAGGAGAUUUUAGUAACAAGUAGUAGAGCCAAGUUAGGAGACAUAGCUGAUGUUGAGACUGAUGGAAGAAUCAGCUUGAGUUCGUUUUUGCCUUCCAGUCCCAUACCUGUGGGACGAGCUUGUUCAUCUCAAGCUUCUGAUGUCGAAAAGGGCACCCCUCCCUGGGCUUCUUCUGGGACUCCACCUCUUAUGUCUCGGCCUUCAUUAAGGGAUAUACAGAUGCAGCAGGGUAAACAGCACCAGAGUCUCUCCCACAGUCCAAAGAUGCAAACGACUGGAUUUGCAGUCACGUCCGGGCAGGGCUCGCCUUCAGAUUCUGCCGGAAUGAACCGCUGGUUCAAACCGGAGGUCGAUGCACCCUCAUCUAUUCGGGCGAUCCAGAUCGAAGAGAAGGCUAUAAAAGAUCUCAAGCGAUUCUACAGCAGCGUAAAAAUCGUCAAGAACCAGUCUUGACCGGCGUUAGGGAACACCUUUUUUCCUUCGUGCACUUUUGUAAAUUCGGCUGUACAGAUUGACAUAAGUGUACAUUGUUCUCUUAAUUUUAUAGGGUAGUUUUCCUUUCCUUUUGAACACCGAGCUUCCUUAACUCCUUAAGAAUAAAGAUUCUCGUCAUUGACUCUCAAUGAUCUUCGUGCAUGUUCGUGCACAUCCUGUAAAAAAUAGAGACAGAUGCCGAGAAGACUCUACGUGCGGAUUUUAAUCUGUUCUCAUAAAUGUCAAAUUUUGCUGGCAUUGAGUUUCUA